CCGUCAUCGGGUCACAUGAGCGUCAUCAGCCGCUCCUGUGCUUCACAGCAGCGGGGAAACAAGGAGCACCAUGUCGGCGCUGGAUAACUGCGCUCUGCCGGAUUAAACAGGAGGAUGUAAACCGCUGCAAGCCUACAGUAAGCUCCAUAAGAACAGGUCUUUCUCUGGUUUUGGUGUUUCCAGACCUCCUGUGUGGCCUCUUGGCCUGGUUUUCCAGCUCCUUAUAUCCCAGCCCACCGCAGCCGUGAUGUCCAAGUCGGCUCUGCUGAAGGUCAUCCUCCUGGGUGAUGGCGGCGUGGGCAAGUCGUCCCUCAUGAACCGCUACGUCACCAACAAGUUUGACGCGCACCUCUUCCACACGAUAGGCGUGGAGUUCCUCAACAAAGAGCUGGAGGUGGACGGGCGACGGGUCACUCUGCAGAUCUGGGACACAGCAGGACAGGAGCGCUUCCGCAGCCUCCGCACGCCUUUCUACCGCGGCUCCGACUGCUGCCUCCUCACCUUCAGUCUGGACGACGGACAAAGCUUCCAGAACCUCUCAAACUGGAAGAAAGAGUUUGCCUACUACGCUGACAUAAAGGACCCUGACAGCUUCCCGUUUGUGGUGCUGGGCAACAAAUUGGAUGUUCCCGAUCGUCAGGUAUCAGGGGAGGACGCCCGCCAGUGGUGCAGGGAAAACGGCGGACAUCCCUACUUUGAGACGAGUGCUAAGGAUGCAACAAAUAUAGCAUUGGCCUUUGACGAAGCAGUGCGUUGCAUCCUGCCAUGUGAAGAUAGAGACAAUCACCUGAUCCAAACAAACACAGUUAACCUGCAGAAGAAGCCUCGUCCUGAGCCCAGAUGCUGUUAAUCUGACGGACACAGGAUUUUGGGUGUACCUUUCGCUGAUGCUAUCAGCAACUACUGUACAGUUCUGCAUGCUCCUGUUUAUACCGGGAUCAACCUUCUAAAGUCAAUGUUUUUAUUGUUUGUUUGUGUUGGGGACUUGGAUGUAUUUUUAACAACCAAAGCUACAUUUGGGAAGCUGUUUAAACCCAAGGUUACCUCUUCUGUUUGUAUCAGGGAUGCGCCAAAGACCAAAAACAUUAAAUAUUGAUGCCUUAAAAAGCAGAAGUGGAGAAAUAAUUGUUUGCUCAUAGAUACAGAUGACAUGAGCACUUUCACACCCACUAAGUUUAGCUUCAUUUUCUCAGAUGGGUUUUGAGCUUCUAAAAUUUAAUUUCUGUCAUUUAUUUAAGUAAAAAUCAUUGAAUCACAGAGUUCUGAUUUCUCAUAAAUAACUCAGAGAGAUUAGGUACUGACGUUUUUUUUUUCUGAAAGUAUCAGAGAUUCAAAUGUAUAUAAUACUCCAAUUUUUAUUUAAACUUGCUGUAAAGUAGAACGACUCCACUUUCUAUUUUCUUGUGGGAUCAUUCAUAGGAUUACUUACUCAGGAAAUUAAACUGAGUUCUGUUGCAGUUCCCUUUCCAUCCACAUGGUCGCGCCAGUGUGCUACAGAGAUGAAGUUCAAACCAGGUUUGUGGCUGUGCUGUAAUGUGUGUAAAUCUGCUAGAUUUAAAGCUUAUUAUCAUACCACCAGAAACCCAAACACUACGUUUCAGCUUUAUGGGUGACGCUUCACUGUAGAACUAAUCUGUCUCCUUUAACAGGGAUGACAAAUUUUAAAGAUUAACCACUAAUUAUGGCAGCAAUAAUGGAUUUAAAUUAAUAUUGGGCCAUGUCCAGCCUUUCAUAUUUCAAAACCCGCCAUGUUUGGCUGUAAUACGUGUUUCCUUGUACCUUUUUGUCAUUUAAAUAAUAAUAAAAAAAAAAAAAAAAAACCUGGAACUGAUUGGUCACAAAACACUGAUUGGUCACAGGCGGCACCAAACACUUAACUUAAUUGAGUCCCCUGCGACGUGAGGAAGCUGCUAACCGCACAAAACAAUAAAAGUAAGUUUAUUAUUAAUUCAGAUAGAUUCAAUUUAGUCUGUGAUUUUUAUCUGUAUAUGAAACUUUUUUGUUUAAAAUAUGUUUUUAGAGAUGAGAUCAAAGCAACUGUUGUAAAUUUAAUUGGGCAACAAUUCCAAAUAAAUGGAUUAAAUUUAAGAGUUAAAAGCAAUACUAUGAAAAUCAAACAAUUAAAAUGAUGAAAAGCUAAGAAGAAAACAAAAUGAAGUCAUUUAAAAAGACACUUUCAAUAAUGAAAAAGGCAUAAUUAUGAACCUCCAUAUACUUUUAAUCAAAGCAAAAUGUUGUCAAAUCUACAGCUCUUAAAAUUGAUUACUCCCUCUUCUGACAUGCCAAAGGCUGAAUUAAAUUCAUAGUGUGUAAUGAUAAUUUUGUGGCUAUAAGUUAAAAUCUGCAAAAAAAGACUUCAAAUGUGCAUAGUUUAUAUAUUUUUACAUUUUUUCCCACUGAUCUAUAAUAAAUAAUAAUAAAUACUAA